AUGCCCAUGCCAGGACAAGACGCAACCACAGAGGCCAAAGAGGGUGUCCUCACCUACAUGCGCGCAUGGGGCGAGUCCUCGGUCCCUCCCACCGCCCUCGCAACCCUCAUCACCGCCCAACACUUCCGUCCCUUCCAGAAGCUACCCAUGCUCUUCGUCCCCGUCCUGCUCUUCUCCUCGUACCUCAACCUGAACGGUUUCCCCGUCGACUCUGCUGGUGUCACUUCUGCGUGGAGUGCUGCAUACUUGGUCGUCGCGAGGAGGAGAAAGCAAGCUUUUACCAGCAAGUUUGGUGCUAGAGGCGCCAUCAGAGGUCUUACUCUGGGUCUUUGCGCUGCAAACAUUGUCAGUGGUGGUCUGGCAUACACUUUUGGCAAGAGAGAGGCUAGAGAUGAAUGA